AUGGAGAAGCUGCCGCUCCAGCCCUUUGGGCGUAUGGAGUCUGGAGUGUGUCCUGGUCAGACAGACCUGGGGUUGGGUGUGGUCAGAGUCGCGGAGGAAAAGUGCUUUGAAUUCUGGUUGGUGAAUGGAUUGGAGGGGCAAGGAGAUGGGCUGGUGAUGAAGAUCAAGCAGGAGAAGCCAGAGUGGCAGGUGCCACAGGCCGUGCUUUCCGAGAAGGAUAAGGAAAACAUUUUCCAGCAGCGUCGCGGCCUCCCGCCAUGCCAGACCACCGGGAAGCCUCGGGCCUUGGGGGGACAGGAGGAGACUGGGGAUCCCAGGUGGGCCCCUCCCACUGAGCAGGUCGCGGGUCUGGCAGACCAGGCUCUUUCUGCCGGCGAGGGUCACUUUGUGUGCCUGGACUGCGGAAAGAGGUUCAGCUGGUGGUCGUCCCUGAAGAUCCACCAGCGCACCCACACCGGGGAGAAGCCCUACCUGUGUGGCAAGUGCGGCAAGAGCUUCAGCCAGAAGCCCAACCUGGCCCGCCACCAGCGGCACCACACGGGCGAGCGGCCCUUCUGCUGCCCGGAGUGCGCGAGGCGCUUCAGCCAGAAGCAGCACCUGCUCAAGCACCAGAAGACCCACUCUCGGCCGGCCACCCACUCCUGCCCCGAGUGCGAGCGCUGCUUCCGACACCAGGUGGGCCUCCGCAUCCACCAGCGCGCGCACGCGCGGGACCGCCAGGGCGCCCGCCCCGGGCUGCAGGACCUGCCCCGCGACGCUGCGGCCCGUAAGGGCUGUCGCCUGCUUCCAGGGCCGCCGCGGGGGCGUCCCGAAUGGGCCUGGCUGGGGCUCUGCGAGGGCUGGUGGCGCCAGCCCGGGACGCGGACCGUAGUCCCCGCCGCCGCGGGCCCGGGCGAGCAGCGCCAGUUCAUCUGCAACGAGUGCGGCAAGAGCUUCACGUGGUGGUCGGCGCUCACCAUCCACCAGCGCAUCCACACGGGCGAGCGGCCCUACCCGUGCCCCGAGUGCGGCCGCCGCUUCAGCCAGAAGCCCAACCUGACGCGCCACCUGCGUAACCACACGGGCGAGCGGCCGCACCCCUGCCUGCACUGCGGCCGCAGCUUCCGCCAGAAGCAGCACCUGCUCAAGCACCAGCGCACGCACCUGCCCGGCGCCCAGGCGGCCGCCUGCCCCAGCUGCGGCCAGAGCUGCUCUAGCCGCGCGGCGCUGCGCGCCCACCAGCGCGCGCACGCCGCCGCCGCCCGGCCGCGGGCCGAGGAGCCCCCGGCGCCGUCUUCGCCGCGCAGCCAGCAGCCGGCCGGCGGGCCUGGGGACGUGCAGUGGGGCCGCGCGCGUGCGGGCCUGGCCGCGCCCGGCGAGCAGCGCCAGUUCAUCUGCAAUGAGUGCGGCAAGAGCUUCUUGUGGUGGUCGGCGCUCACCAUCCACCAGCGCAUCCACACGGGCGAGCGGCCCUACCCGUGCCCCGAGUGCGGCCGCCGCUUCAGCCAGAAGCCCAACCUGACGCGCCACCGGCGCAACCACACGGGCGAGCGGCCCUACCUGUGCGCCGCUUGCGGUCGCGGCUUCAGCCAGAAGCAGCACCUGCUCAAGCACCAGCGCGUUCACCGGGGCGCCCUGGCGCCCGGUCCCAGCUCCAAGGACGGGGCGCGUUAGUGCUCCUGGACCCAGCGGCCGCGGCCAGGGCUUGUGGGGGCUGGGGAAUGGCCCGGAAUGGUGGCUUUCAGAGCCCCGGGGUAGACCCUGGCAAAAGGUGGAUUCGGAAGGCCUCAGAACAGAAUUCCAGAGGCGUCCUAAAGGGGACCCGUCAAAGGUCCCAGGGCGGGCUGAGGAGGUAAGAAGCCUCCUUACCCCGGAGCCUGGGAGUGUGGUCUGUGUACCCCCGGAGAGUGGGGGCUCGGGCCUCAGCACCCAGUGAGGGGAGGGGCUGCCAGGGCCCUGCGGGAGGCUCUCUGGAGUAGAGAGACCCAGGUCUGGGCUGCAGCUGUAGCACCAGCCUCUCACACUCAGGCUGCAGGAUGUUAGGGGCCAGUCUUGGUGGGAGAGAUGCAGCAGACUGGUGCCAAGGAUGCAGCUGGCAGCUGUGGCUGAGGAGGAGUGAGCAUAUUCACAGCACCAAAGACAGUGCCUGGCAGGUAGUGGCCAUUUAAUUCAUACACGUUUUUGGAGGGUGUAAAUAGCUCGACUGUCCUGAACCAUGAGUGCCCCACUGCCCAGGGUGCUGUCAUGGUGGGCCCAACUGUACAACCGAUAUGUGUGUGACGAUUGGACUGAGACCCAAAGGGUGGUCACAGCCGAGUUUGGGUAGCUUGGGGAGGGACCUGUAGCAAGAGAGAGCCCUCUGUGCCAUUCCUACUCAGGUCCAGGGGCAUUCCUGGUCCGUGGACCAGGUGGCUGACUGUCACUGACCUGGAUCCUUGUCAAUACUGGUGUUGCAGAAGAGAAAAAUGAAAGAUCGACUAUCUCA